AUGAGCUCAGCUUUACACGAUGUGGGCGACAAACCAGAGGCCAGCAGUGACCACCCCGGUGACUCGAGCGAGAACACGAGCAAGGCUCCCUCGAACCCGUGGACAGAGCUUGAGUCGCUGAAGAGGAAGAACAGAUUUUUCAAGCGUCAGAUCACUGCUCUUCGGAAAGCGACACAAAAAGAUCCGCAGUUUGAGCCAUACGAGAGGUUUCUCCUCGCCGUGAAAAAGGAAACGAUAGAACAGUGGAGGAAGGCUCAAGACCCAGAGAUUGACGAGAUCUUUGCCCCAGUAUCGGAUGAACCAAGGCCAGACCCGUUCCUCGAAGAAUCCUCGACACCUGAUGCCUCUAAUGGUGAGACGGUUUAUGAACGAGGCGUCGGUGUGCCCGGCGGGAGGGGCUUCGCGGACCUGGAAGAUCAGGAUAUUUUUGAGAACAUUGACGAGGAAACCAGGAAGCUUGACCCUCGCAACCGAACUCCGGAGUUUCCGGUUCUGAAAUAUCCUCAGGACCCUGAGCUACAAAAAGCUCUGCCGAGAGGUUUCCACGACAUGACCUUUGAGGAGCAACAGGAGGAGCUAUGGAUUGUGUACUCGGAAAAACUUCUGGGUACCAAAUGGCCAUUGCCGCCCAAGGGCGAGAAGCAUCGGGAGUAUGUCGAUGACUACCCUGCUUACUCGCCUCCCAAAGUCCUCGGGAUGCUAUACCGUUGGCGCGCUCGAAAAUGGAGAGCUCACGAGUGGCGCCUCGCUCGAGCCAUAGCUCUUAACAGGUCUCUGCGUCUUCCUGUGCUUGCAACGCAGGCAUUCUUGAGAAGGCACGCGCUCCUUGCUCGUCGUCGGGGUGUUGCUGUGAAGAUCGAAACCUACCUUGGCACCACAGAAGAGUGGAAGGCCCGAGUAGCCGAGCUCGAGGCGACAACUGGCAUCACCGAGGCUGACAUCAAACAGUGGGUGUGGAUUUUGAGUCCCCAGAGCGGUGACCUCAAGAUCCAGAGAUUCCUUGCGAGCGAAUGCCGCAAGCCUUUCUUUCUCGUAAUGCUUUUGCUGGCCAAGGACAAAACGAUCAAGGAGCCUGCCGUCUUGAUGGGACUGCUGAAGUACAUCAGGGAGAACUAUAUCCUUCGUGAACGUCCCGAGGAUGAGAUGAACCAUCCGGCCUAUAAGGAACAGGGUCGAGCCAUGUCAUGGUGGCACUUCCUCGUGCUUCUUUACCGUCUAGUAUGGCAUGUUCGGGAAGAGUGGCCGGCAGUGUUUCCUGUGCUUGCCCAUAUGACUGCCGAAUUCAUUCAAACCAUCCCUGUUGACAGUCAAUCCAGGUCGAUGACGGGCGCACAAGCUAGAUCGGUCGUCUUGAACAAGGCCCUUCAGUACUUUGCCUGGCCAGCGCGGAUUCGCCCUCUUGUUCACAUGGAGCACAACUGGGCCGCACAACGGUACCUACUCCGCUUAGCAACCUCUUCUGAACCGCCCCUUGUCAUCAUGCAGAAUGGUUAUCGUGCAAUCCGGCAAGUUCUCAUUGCCUUGAGCAAAACUAAGGGUGAGGCGAGAAAUGUCGAACGAGCCUCCAAGACAUGGCCGCCGUACCGGAGAGCUGUAGACGGGAUGGAUGAGCGUCGGCCUCCAGAAGAUGAUCUCAGCAGAAGCUCCAAAGCUGGUAUUCUCGUUCGUGAAGCUGGUUACGCAGAUGAGUUUGUCGACCGGACACUUAGCGCGCUUGGCGGAUCGCUCUUCGGUGACUCGCCCACGAUCCAGUCAAGGGCCCUCUCUCCUCCCUUUUUCUACGGUUCCAGGGCUGGCUUCAAUAUCUUUGUCGAGUGGGCUGCCCAAGUGAAGGCGACAAGAAACGCGAGGGAGGCCUGGAUAGUUUUCCUGAACCCGCCCGAGCCGGGCCUCAGGCCUGAUCUCCGAGUCUAUGCGGAGAUGUUUGACAAGCUAUUUGCUCGGCCGGUGUCAGAUCAUCCAGCUAUCCGGCCAGGUGAUGUCAAGGAGGUUUUCCCCGUCCACGAUGGCAACCUCAGCAAGUUUGAGAUUGCUAGGCUCACACCUCCAACACCUGACGAGCUCUACGAUAUGAUGCUUCAGGACAAGCUCAGGCCUGCUGGCAAGUGUUUGGCAAUCCUAGUGCGGAACGCUCCUUCGAAACAGGAGGCUCUGCGUUACCUGCGCGACAGCCCAUUUGCAGCCUACAUUGACCCAUUGAUGAAUCGGCUGAAAUGGCAUGAUGCAGAGAGCAUGAAAACCUUGGCUCGACUGCCUCCUCCGAUCUUCAACGCCUGGAUUCGCAUGUUGUGCCGAACCCAUAUGCGAAAAACAGGAGAGGUUCGACUAGAAACUAAUAAGAAUGGGCUUUCGAGCCAGGAUACAACAGCCGAGAUGGUCAUUAACGAUCCGCAUCUUGCGGGCGAGGAUAGAGUGCUAGAGAGACAAAUUGCCAAGGGCUACUCGAUCCUGGAAGCCAUUGCCCUCACCAGGGCAUUCCAGACAUACAACAAACGGUCCGCCUAUGGGGACAAACAGCCAUGGCACACCAUCAUGGAGGCCCUGGCCGGGCCCAAGGUCCUGUACAGCCGCUUCGGCGCGCUGUUCAACCCCUUGGAGACGUUGACCGUAUUCUUGGAGAUUUAUCAAAGAACCACCAUCAGCAAGGGUGUCGACCCGAUCGCCUUUGAGGCGCUUUGCGUAAUGAUGCGCAAGACGCUAAUGCUAUCGACCUUUGUCGUGGAAAAUGGAAAGCUCGCUCCACGGCAGUUUAUCGCCUACCAGUCGCCGGUCGAGAACCAAAUCUUGCGGGCGCAUCGGUUGGCGAGGGAAGCCUUCCGGGAUCUGGUCAACCCAGUUCCUGCGGAAGAAGCCACGGGAGAGAGCCCGGAUACUCAGACCGCUGUUGAAGACAUAGAAAACAAUGAAAUGGAGCAGUUCUACGAGGAAGACGACUGGCCACCAAAAGGCCUCCUUCGCUAUAACGUCACGGGCCGCCCUCUCUUCCGCUACAUGAUGGCUCUCGGCUGCUGCGGCGACUGGAAGGAGAUGGUGCGCCUCAUGGAUUGGAUCCUCGACGGCUGGGACGGCGAGUACAUCCACGAAGAGGCCAAGUCGCCGCACGACAUCAUGUACCACUAUAUGAUCCGCACGUUUGCCUACUUUAUCCGUGUCGGCGGGUACAUGGUGCCGCAUCAGGAGAUGGAGCGGUUGAGGGUCAAGCUGGAGGAGCUGAGAAUGACGAGGGAGUGUACUUGGUUCUGGCCGACCGGGGAGGAUCUGAGGAGAAUGGAGGACGAAUUUGAGACGGAUCUGAUUAUUAGGGAGAAGUGGACUAGGCUACCGCAGAUGAUUUUCUUUGCGGAUCCGGAAAAUAAGAUGGAGAUGCUGGCCGAGUUAAUACCCAAAGGGGCAGAUAAGUGGGUGACAAAGGGGCAACUUACGCAGGAGGAGCUCGUGCGGGAGUUGAGGAGGGAGAGUCUGUAA